UUCAGAUUUUUCAAAAACCCUAGUGUUACAGUUGCUGAAUCGAGAAUCAUCACUCUCAUUCUCAGAUUCUGAAUCUGAACUCAAAUUCAUUCAAAUUCAGAUUCAAAAUCAAAAUCAAUAUCAUUCGAUUUUUUGUUUGAAAUCUCCAUGGAUGAAAACAGUGAAAGUCCAAUUGAAUCAAAGAAAUCCAAAUCCAAAACUCCGCGAAAACCUAAAGAAACUGUUCUCAAACAAAAAUCUCCAGCUGAAUUCUUCGCGGAGAACAAGAACAUAGCAGGAUUUGAUAAUCCUGGAAAAUCUCUAUAUACGACAGUUAGAGAAUUGGUGGAGAAUGCACUUGAUUCGGCAGAGUCGAUAUCGGAGCUUCCUGUGGUUGAAAUAACCAUCGAGGAGAUAAUUAAAAGCAAAUUCAAUUCUAUGAUUGGUCUAGUUGACCGUGAACGUGUUGAUGCAGCAUUGUACGAUGAUUUUGAAACUGCAAAGGCUCGUGAGAAACGAUUAGCAAAAGAAGCUCGUGCUCAAGAAUUACAAGCAAAGAAUGCUGCCCUUGGAAAGAAAGUGAAAGAUACUCCAGCUUCAAAGGGUAUGAAGGGUCGAGGUGAGGCUUCAUUUUACAGAGUUACAUGCAAGGACAAUGGAAAAGGAAUGCCACACGAUGACAUCCCCAAUAUGUUUGGUCGAGUUCUGUCUGGGACAAAGUAUGGCUUGAAGCAGACUCGGGGAAAGUUUGGUCUUGGUGCGAAGAUGGCACUAAUAUGGUCUAAAAUGAGUACCGGACUUCCUAUUGAGAUCUCUUCAUCAAUGAAAAAGCAAAAUUACAUUUCAUUUUGCAGGCUGGAUAUUGACAUUCAUAAGAAUAUUCCUCAUGUACAUUUACAUGAAAAACGAGAGAACAAUCAAAAUUGGCAUGGAGCUGAAAUUCAAGUUGUCAUAGAGGGUAACUGGACAACCUACCGCUCAAAAAUAUUGCAUUACAUGCGACAAAUGGCUGUCAUCACCCCUUAUGCACAGUUUCAAUUCAAAUUUGUGUCAGAUGCACCUGACAAGAAUGUCACUGUAAGGUUUGCUCGCAGAACAGAUGUAAUGCCACCCAUUCCUUUGGAGACAAAACAUCAUCCAUCCUCUGUUGAUUUGCUUCUAAUUAAACGACUUAUUACUGAAACUUCGAAGCAGAACCUUUUGCAGUUUCUUCAGCAUGAAUUUGUAAAUAUCAGUAAACCCCAUGCUGAAAGAUUGAUAGGAGAAAUGGGUCCAGAUUUCAGUUCAAAAAUGGCUGUGAAGUCUCUAACAUCACAGCAAUUAGUACGCAUUCAUCAGUUGUUUCGUCAAGCCAAAUUUGACGAUCCUAGUGGUCAUUGUCUUAGCCCUGCUGGCGAAUACAACCUUCGACUAGGAAUUAUAAAAGAGCUUCACCCAGACAUGGUUGCAACAUAUUCAGGCAGUGCUCAAGUUUUUGAAGGCCACCCGUUCAUUGUCGAAGCAGGAGUCAGUGUAGGUGGAAAAGAUGUCAAGCAAGGUUUGAAUAUAUUUCGUUUUGCCAAUAGAAUUCCACUACUUUUCGAGCAAGGUGCAGAUGUUGUCACCAGGACUGCGCUUAAAAGAAUCAACUGGAGUAGUUACAAAAUUAACCAGGUACAAGACAAGAUUGGUGUCUUUGUAAGUAUCGUGAGCACAAAAAUCCCAUUUAAAGGAACUGGAAAAGAAUACAUUGGAGAUGACAUAACGGAGAUUGCUUCUGCUGUCAAGUCUGCCAUUCAACAAUGUUGUAUCCAAUUAAAAUCCAAGAUUAUGAAAAGGAUACAGGCCCGUGAGCAGCAGGAGAGGAAACGAAAUCUAAGCAGGUACAUUCCUGAUGCUAGUGGUGCAUUUUAUAAUGUUUUGAAACAAAUGUUACCAUUAAAUCCAUCAAAGAAGAGUCGUUAUGGGGAUGAUGAUGUAGAACUGCUAAGAAAAAUCUCUGAGGAUUUGGUUACUAAAGAAACAUUUAGCGAAAAGCUUGCUAAACAUGUUGAACAGGUUGAUUAUGAAAUGGCAUUGGAGUUUGCCACACAGAGUGGAGUAAGCGAGGAACCCAGGGAAACAAUAUACAUACAAGCAUUGGACGCUGAAAAUAAGACAAUUGACUUACAUGCUCCAAUUUUUGUUUUCAGAGUCUUUCAGUAGAUUUAGAAAAUUGAUUUGAUAAUCAAAAGAAAUGUGUGGAAUUGAUUUUUCAAAUUAAAUUUAUAUCACAGUACAUAAAAGACAUUUGUUGUAUCAAUUCUUUUUAUUUGUAGGAAAUGGCAUAAGAUUUAAUAAGAUAUUUCAGUGGA